CGGGUGCAUCAACUCCACGCCCGCUGCCUUGUCCAAAUUUACCCUCGCGCUGCACCUCAUACCCAAAGUCGAGAUCAGAAAGCUUACGCGCACGCGCAGCUACUGUCUUGCUGGAGUCAAGCGAGGACUUCAACAACAAAAACUCCAACCCAAUUUUUGAGAACAAAGCGCUCCUCGGAGCCAAUCGCCGCAGCCAUGUCGAACAAGCAGGGAAAGAUGGCCGGCUACAUCAACUACCGGAUGCGAAUCACGUUGAUGGAUGGCCGGCAGAUGACUGGCCAGAUGCUCGCCUUUGACAAGCACAUGAACCUCGUCCUCGCCGACACCGAAGAAUUCCGCCGCGUAAAGAAGAAGCAGACGAAACCCUCAGGCGCUCCCGGCGCAUCUGGAUCUGGCGCAACACAAACGAUCGAGUCUGAAGAGAAGCGCACGCUUGGUCUUACCAUCGUGCGUGGUGCUCAUAUUGUGUCUCUGUCCGUGGAGUCGGCUCCGCCUGCCGACCCAAGCACAAGAUUGGGCAAGAGUGCCCCGAGUGGUCUUCCGACAAGCCUGACUCAAGGCCCUGGCGUAUCUCGGCCGGCCGGCCGUGGCGCCGCCGCUCCUCCAUCCUCGCUGGCGGGUCCGGCUCCCGGCGUUGGCGGUGGUGUUCCCCCGUUUCCUCCGCAAUUUGGCGGUGCUCCGGGUUUCCCAGGCCCGGGCAGAGGUGGUCCUCCCCCGCCUGGCUUCCCUCCUGGUGGCUUCCCGCCUCCUGGCUUCCCUCAGAAUGCACCUUUCCCUCCGCCCGGCUUCAACCCUGGCGGCGGACCGCCUGGAUUCAACCCUCCCCCACGGAGAUAGACCAUUAUAACGGCGUUGAAGUACGCAGGGAAAGACGGUCACUACGCUGUGCGCCAGAGUGGUUACAGUCACGCUCCAGCUUUCACUCCGUCAGGGCCGUCCCGGGACCUUUGUGGGCCGUGCGUGCAUCAGCAGCUCCCAUCAUAGCUUGAAAGACAGCUCAGGAAACACGGCCCCUCGACCCAUUGGGACUGCAUGGCCCCCGCAGGAGCGGGACUGUGAUGCCUGACGCUUGUGCCUCAUGAUGGUCUUGGGGCAGAGAGAAGGAAUUCUCGUGCUUGGAUGAAGGCUACAAAACGAUUGUGUAGCAGACCCUGAUCUGAGAGACGAAUAAAAUUAUCAAAGCCCCUCAGAAGAAUGAUGAAUACACCGAGACAUGGCGACCAAUUCAGAAGCUUAUGCACAAGA